CUUACGCCUUUUUGUUAAUUAUUCGCGAUCGAAUGGUGGAGUAUUUAUAUCGCGCGAGGACGAGGUUCACAACUGUUCUCGCGGAAUUCGAAAACGCGACUCGAUUCAUCGAUUUGCUGGCGGUGCUGCCGUCGAGGGAAACUUCGCGGCGUCGGAAAACACUGUAGUGCUGGGUAGUUCUGCUAGAUGGCGGGGGGCUGCGGGUAAAUGUAGCUCAACUGCUGAUUAGGGUACACCAGAGUGAUGCCGACGGUGAGAGCCGCCACCGUCGGUUCUAGCGGGUGAAUGCGCCGUAUGGUAAUUCGCUAAUUUGCUCAUUAAAAAAAUUGUAUUAAUUAUCUACGGGACUACAAACAAAUUCAGCAGAGUUAGCACGACUCGGUUGUCAUGGUGACCAGCUCAGGUUUUAAAUACAAAAAUAUAAAUUCUGACGGAGAUAUCCUCGCAAAGGGCGUCGUGACAUGUAAUAAAUCAGGUGACUCUCACUUCGAUGUUGACAAAAAUAAUUGUUAGAUCUGAUAAAAAAAAUUCUGGAAAAUUUCCAAAGUCGAAAAUCCCGAUGAAGCCCCUUCGCACAUCAUCUCCAAAUGUUAAUAUCAUCGAGUACAGACUUUCAAAUGAAGAAUACGUACAGUCAGGCUGGACGAAGACCCCGAAGACGAGGUCGAUGAGAAAAAUGAUCUUAUAUGAAACCGAAAUUGCAAAGCCCCACCUGCUGUGGCACAAGGAUUUACCGUGUCACUUUUACCCGGACGGCGGACUAUUCUUCGUCAACGAGGAACGUGGGGGAAAAGUUUAUUACCCCAACGGAGAUGCGGCGAUAAGAAUCGAGAAGCCAAAGGACAGAAAUUAUGAUCUCUACACUAUUUUCACUCCCGGUGGUAAAGACGGUUCUGGGGUCCAUCGGGACCCCCAGAUGAUCGCGAUCUUCGAUACCCUAGGGAAUGGACUGGUGCUGAAUGAAAACGGAGAAAUGAGUUUAUCCUACAAUCAAAUGGGCGGUAUUUAUAUGAACAAUCCAGGCGCAAUAUUGCCCCUGGUAUGGGUCUGGAAUCGUCGCAAGACUGCUCCCAUAAUAGGCUCCACUUACACGGAGGUGGCUGCAACGAGACUGCUGGAGACCCUGGAGGCAAGUGGACAGACGCAAAAAAGAGUUGCUGGGGGUAACGUACAAAGUCCUGAUAACAAAUGUGCCAUCGAUGACGAUAAGCUCAUGGAAAAUAGCGACAGAAUUGAGUCGUUGACCGCUGUGAAGACCAUUUGCCUCAGAUUGAAUGAGUUCAUGAGCCUCCGGAUUUUGGACCGAAGGAAUAUUAAUUUACGGUUCAUCUGCGGCCGUAGGACCGUCCGCUUCCACCUGGGGUUCGACGUAAACUACAAAACCCCCAUCUCCUCAGUCUUGAAGGACACAACCAGUGAUCCUUUCCUCCACUUGAAGUCCCGAGUCCUCGACGCCUGGGCCUCCCCCAAGACGUCCCCCAGUCUCUCCCAAAUUUUCGAGGUAUUCCGAGUCAUGAAAAAGACCGCGAGCGAGCGCCACCCGUUCGCCAAAAGGAUCGGGAUUAAAUGACAAGACAAACACUGGCAUAAAUAAAAAUUAUAAUAUAUUCAUAUUAAUUAUCAAAAUAAUUGUAGUAACACGUUGAAUCCGUGUCUCUCCUCCGGACCACAUAACUACCAUUUUCCAGCAUUUCGCACGCUCACCAAAUUUUAUCGUGCAAUCAACACGUACAUAAACCGCAUCCCCAGCAUUUCGGGAAUAUGCAUCAUCGUAAUGACUUAAAUCAAGAGGUGUUUGAAGUAGAGAAGUAGAAAUGAAAUUGAAUGGUGACAGACAGAAAAAAAUAAGUUAAGUUAUGGUCAAUCUCGUAGCGCAUUCGUUCCCAAAUAUCGCGAUUCGAUUGCAUUAGUAUCGAAGAAUACAGCUGAAGUUGACACAUCAAAAUGACAAAAAAAAAACCAGCGGGAUCGAUGUAUUUUGGGCCGUCGAGGUAGACCUUCAAUUCGUAAUCACAAAAAGAAUAAAUAAAUUAAAA